GUCAAACACGUUGCAACGUCAGAGCGUGUCACGUCAAACUGUUUGUGAAAAACGAGAAAAAAAGCAAGAGAAAACUAAAGUGCUGAUUGUAUUGCUUCAUCAAAAGCUCCCCUUUUGGGCUGGAAUAGUUGGGCCCUUUUCUCCCCAUUCAUAAGCGGACGGAACAGUGAAAUAGUGGAAAACCAGUGCCGUAUGUUUGCCCCACAGUAACGCCACAACGGACGCAUCUUUCCAGUCCUUGUUUUUCCACGUAUUAGUCGCGUUGUGAUUACGCUGGAAUUUCCCCAUCGGUAGCGCGGACUGUCCUUCCCACACCCAACCCAUCCCUUCUUUCCAAAAGGUGAUACGUGUUUGCUGCCAUUGAUCGACCCCCGGGGGAGGAAAGAUUAGUUGGCCUCAACCCGUAACGACACACACACACACAUCCCCGAACAUGGCUGGUGGAAGUUCGCCCUCGAAGGAGGACAUCGAUGCCAUUUUCCAUCGGUUACGAUCGCAGGCAACGAACAAGACUUGUUUCGACUGUGGAGCGAAAAAUCCCACCUGGUCCACGGUGACGUACGGCGUGUUCAUCUGCAUCGAUUGUUCGGCCGUGCAUCGGAAUUUGGGCGUGCAUCUGACGUUCGUCCGGUCCACCAACCUGGACACGAACUGGACCUGGCUGCAAAUUCGUCAAAUGCAGGUCGGCGGCAAUGCCAAUGCGGCACAAUUCUUCCGCCAGCAUAACUGCAACACCACCGAUGCGCAACAGAAGUACAACUCACGUGCUGCCCAGCUGUACAAGGAUAAGUUGCUAAACAAAGCCCAACAGUCGCUGCAGCUGUACGGAACGACGCUGCACAUUGACAAUGCACACGACCUGAACACGACCGCCAGCGAGAAGAAGGAGAUGGACUUUUUUGCGGAUUGCGACAACUUCGACAACGACACGGUGACGGUCGAACGGAACAACAAUCCCAGCAGUGGGCCGAAGGUCGAUGCGGAGCUGGAAAACAUUCCAAAGCUGGCUUCCCUGAGCGCCACGGUUGACCCCACCGCUGGGCCGCGGGUCGAUUUCCUCACCUCCGAGGUACCGGUUGAGCCGGUCAAGUCAACGAUCGGGGUGCGCAAAAUACAACCCAAGAAGGGUGGGCUCGGUGCGAAGAAGGGCGGCCUCGGGGCAACCCGCGUCAAGACCAACUUUGCCGAAAUCGAAGAGCGCGCCAACAUGGCGGACAAGCUGAAGCUGGCGCCGGCCCCGGAGAAACCCAUCACUGAGGAGGAAAAGGCAGAAACGCUCGCGAGCGUCCGGCUAGCCUACCAGGAUCUAUCGAUCAAGCAGCACAGGGAGGAGGAAAAGCUGAAAGCGAUCGAUCCGAACAAGGCGAAACAAAUCGAGCGGCUAGGUAUGGGGUUCGGCCGGGCGGCCGGUGUUUCCCACUCCGCACUGACCGACAUGAAGACGCUCACGCCCGAGGAAGCGACCCGGAGCAGUGCGGCGUCCCUUAGCAAGGCGCUGUACGAUCGCGACGAUUCGUCCAGUGGCGGCGGUGGCGGCGGCAGCGGUGGAGGUGGAGGAAGUGGAAGUGGUGGCGGCGGCGGCAGUGGUGGGAACGAUUUUUUCGAUGACUAUUCCAUAAUCUACGGGUUUUCGGGCAGUGGCAAGGGGGCGGAUAUGAGCGAAGCGACACAGAUGGGGUUCGAUACGCUCGAGCCGAUCGACAGCAAGCGUCCCACGGUGAAGACGAUGUUCUCGCCGGCAGGCGGUAGCCUGAAGGGUGGAUCGAGCAGUAUUAGCGAUCAACCCACAUACAGCCGCGGAGGUGGCGGUAGCAGCGGAAGCAACUACAACAACAACAACAGUAACAGCAGCAGCAGCAGCAACAACAACAGUAGCAGUCGAAGGAACGGUCAACCGCAACCAGUCGAUAGCAGCGACGUUGCGCAGAAAAAGUUCGGCUCUGCCAAGGGCAUCUCGUCCGACCAGUUCUUCGGCGACGAACAGUCGAGCUACGAACGGUCGGCCAAUCUUUCCAAAUUCCAGGGCUCUACCAGUAUCUCUUCCGCCGACUACUUUGGCCACGGCUCGUCAUCGAUGGGAUCGGGCGGUUCUAGAUCCGGAGGAGGAGGUGGAGGCGGACCGCGCGGUCCGGCACUGCAGUACAAUGGGCCCGAUUUGGAGGACGUGAGGGAAAGCGUCCGGCAGGGCGUUACGAAGGUGGCCGGACGUCUCAGUUCGCUCGCCAGCGAUGUGAUGAACUCGAUUCAGGAUAAAUAUGGCUACUGAAGCGCGCGUGUGUGUGUACAGCAGCAUCCCGAAUGCUGUGGAAGCCGUGCACGGACGUGUCUCCUCCUCCAGCAUGGAUCACAAUCACAACACAUUAUUGUUAAAAAAAGAAGAAGGCUAACAGCAGCAGCAAACUAAGAGAAAAACAGGACCAUUCGCGGUUAAUAUAUUUUGAUUUAGAGACGGUUCAUGGGAAGCACCAGACGGGGUGGGCUUCCGUUAGUUUCCGGUUGUUUAGCGUAUUUUUAGUUUAUCUAUGAUGUGUAUUAUAAAGUGUCGCUUAUUGAAAUACAAGGCCUGUGCAUCUCUCUCUCGCUCAUUUUGUUCAACGGUCCGCUGCCAUUUCCAUAGUGCAGGGUAGUGCAGUGCAGGUUGUGUUGGAAGCAAGCAGCCCGUUUGCCGAUAUCAUUUACUGCUGGUUGUUUCUUGUUGUGUCCAUCCGUUUAGGGUAGAAAAGAAUAUGUUUUUCGAUUUUUAGAUAUUUUUAUGUUGCUUGUAUAUUUUUGUGUCUUCUACUGCUUCCUUUGCUCUAAAGAAUUAGGGUUUUUAGUGUGCCUUGGCUUUGUUUUAUUACUUUCAAUUGUUUACCCAUAUAUUCCACGUUCGCGUUAAGGGAAGGAUCGCCAAACCAUCCCACGAUGGCGCCUUAUAGCAAGCAGCGCAGUAAUUAUAUUAUUAGACCCAUUAGCAAACGUUACAACAUUUAGAAAACAAUUAGAAAUGUACCACUAGGCUCCAGCUAGGUAAAGAAAGGAACAAAACAAAAAAGCGUUAAUUGAUCCUGUACUGCUUCAAUCUCAGAAACGAUUUUUCUACAUUAGACCCUCCCCCCUCAAUAGAUAGUGAAAGCGUAGCACUGGGGAAACCCGAUCCUCUCUCACCUUGAUACCUUGAGACAAAAGAGAACACUUUGAAGUAGGCGCCACUCUUUAUUCCAUAUUCUUCCUUCCCUCCUUCCCACCUUCUCCAGUAUCUGUAAACCAAGCGAAGAAUGUUCUGCGAUCACGUUUCAUCAAGCCGGUUUGCCAUUUUAGGGAUGCUUAAAAACGAGAGAGAAAAGAAAUGUCGUUGCGUUGUUUGUACAUUUUUUUGUAAAACCGUAGCAUCUAUCCUUAAAACUCCGCGUACGAGAUAGAAACAGAAAAAACGGUUAUAAGCUGGAAAACCCAACCACUUAAAAAGCGAUACGUGGGGGGAAAAAACGGGAGAUGUGAUGCGUACGAUUUGUUGAAAUACACACAAUAAAGCCUCUACUGUACACUGUAAACAGGUUAUGGAAUGUAA